AUGCCGACCGAGGAUAGCCGCGAUACCCAGCACCAGACCCCCCGCGAGGGUACUUCCCGAAGGAAAUCUCCGGGAGACGCCUCUCUCCAGGCAGAAGUGGAGCGCCUCCGUGAUAGUAUGACUAAGAUGUCGGAGAAGUACGAGCAUCUUCAUACCCGGAAUGCUGAGCUAGAGCAUGACUUUCGUGUUCUAAAGCGGAACCAGGAGAGGGCUCAUGCCCAGGAUGCCCAACAAAACCUGACCCAGAACGUUGGGAAUCCUCAGCCGAACCAGCCAGCACAUUCCAGCCACAGCUCCCCGGCCAACUCUAGGCUCCGCAAGGGAAAAGACCACCUUCAUCCGGAGCAACCCCCGUCACGACCCCUUUGCGUUCCCCCACCAAAGGACCGGCCUCAUGAGCCAGUCAGGAUCUACCAAGAUUGCCGGGAUCGCAUCUCGGACCGUCAGCCAAGGCCGAUCCCUAUCCCUGUCAACCUCGAGGACCCAAGGGUGGCACACCUGGGCCCAUCGCCAGCCCCCGUCCGCGUACCUAACGGAGAAGGUGUCGGGGACUCGGAUAGUUGGGAAUUCUAUAAUUCAGAGAACUGGCCAACUCGCCACACUGAGACGCUGGAAGAUUGGGAACAUUCCCCAGCCCCUGUCUAUCCCACCCCCGGGCCUUUGGCACUUGAAACUCUUCCUCAUGCCGACCCGGCUAUGAGGCUUCUCUUCGAAAAGGUCCGGCGCCUGGAAAGCGAGCAACAUCGCAGCCAUCAACCCCUCUGGGCGAAACCACGGCCAGGGCCCUUUACCGAGCGUAUCCUCCACUACCACCAGGAGAAAGAUAUCCAGCCACUCCGCAUCGCUUUCUACACUGGCACGGAGGAUCCUCUCACCCACAUCCACUCCUUCCAGUCUGCCCUUGGAUGCAAAGGCCUUACCGAUGAAGGCAUUCUCAAGCAGACGUUCCUGGACCAUUUUAUGAUCCAGACUGAUCGCCUAUAUUCUGCCGACGACUUGUAUAUGCUUCGGCAAGCUGAGGACGAACCCCUUCGGGAAUAUGCAGCUCGGUUCAGCCAUGAAUACUCCCGCUGCCCAGACACUGACGAUCGCGCUGCCUUCGGCGCUUUCAAGAGCGGCCUCCGAGAGUCCAACUUCCGCUACCUGGUUCAUAGCAAUAGUUGGAACACAUAUACCGAGCUGAUGAAGCAGGCGGCGAUCCACGCUAAGGCUGAAUACUUCAAUUCCAAGCGUGGCCCAGCCAACCUGGCGCGCAACACUUUUGCCGAUCCUCCACCUGCUUCAGCACCCACCCCAGCCCCACUUCAGCAUUCUACCCCUGCCCCGAAUGCCCAAGACAACCAACAACAUAAGCGGAAGGAUAGCUACCAGCAUUCCUUCGGCAAUAACAAGCGUGGCAGACAUGGCAACCACCACCACUCUAGCGGAGGCAACCCUCCUAAGACCAAUGAUCGGGCCCCUCUUCCCUUCACACCCAGGCCCAGGUUCGAGGUUUUCACGACCCUCAACACCACAUAUGAGAACGUCCUGGUGCGUGAAGCCCCCAUCAUCCCCAAGCCACCCCCCCGGAGACCAUCCAACAAGCCUAUGCCAAACACAGGGGUCUUCUGCCGCUUUCACCAAUUCAGCGGCCAUGACACCGAGUCUUGUGUUGCAUUACGCAACAUAAUUGAAGGGCUCAUCCGGGAGGGAAAGCUAGACAACUAUGUCCACAACAUACCAGCCCCGCCUAACCCUCACCAAAGACAAAUCAACAUGAUCUCCACGAUCAGCGGAGGCCCUACCCUGGCUGGCACCUCCAACAACUCCAUCAAACACUAUGUCCGCUCCACCUAUGCGCACCAGGUCUUCAGCACCGAGCAUGGACGCUUGCCGAAGACACACAGAUCUGGCUGGGCCCCCAUUACCUUCAGCGAGGAGGAGGAGCGUGGUGUUAUCCUCCCCCAUGACGACCCACUCAUUAUCCGGGCCGACAUUUCUAACUUUGACGUUGGGCGUAUCCUGGUGGACACUGGCAGCUCAGUCAGUGUGAUGUUUGCCGAGGCCUUCAAUGAACUCCAGGUCCCACCUCACCUACUCGACCGAAGCAUCACACCCCUAGUGAGCUUCUCGGGCGAUGUGGUCCAGCCCAUUGGCAGCAUCCAUCUCCCUAUAUCAAUCGGGGUCGCACCCCAGCGGACGACGAUCACUACCCCCUUCCUUAUCGUGGAUUGCCCCACGGCCUACAACGUCAUCCUUGGCCGCCCGGCCUUGGCCCAAAUGAAGGCUUUUAUUUCAACACAUAUGCUGCUGUUGAAGUUUCCCACUCCUAAUGGCCCAGGCACGGUGCGCGGCGACCAACUCGGGGCCCGAAGCUGCUACGCUUCAGCAGUCAAAUCCACCAAUCGCCAACAUAGGAGUGAAGCCCUUGCGGUAACCCAGGCUCCCACCCCUCCCCAAGCUGGCACAGAACCACCUGAGGACCCAAGGGAGGAGUCCAUCACACCACAGGCCGAACCUAUGGAGGACCUGGAACUGGUUACCCUUCAUGACGACAUCCCGGAUCGGCAGGUCCGGAUCGGCACCUCCAUUUCGCCAGAACUUCGCUCUGACCUGGUCGCCUUCCUCCGCCUCAACUCCGAAGUCUUUGCAUGGUCCUACAACGACAUGCCUGGCAUCUCACCAGACAUCAUAUCCCAUAGGCUUAGCGUCAAUCCUGCUGUCCGACCAGUUCGACAGAAGCGCCGAGCUUAUGACCCCGAGCGCUAUGAGGCCAUGAAGGCGGAGGUGGAUCGAUUGAGUAGUAUCCGAUUCAUCAGGGAGGUUGACUAUCCCACAUGGCUGGCCAAUGUCGUGAUGGUUCGUAAACCAAGGAAGGGCUGGCGCAUGUGCGUCGAUUACACCAACCUCAACCGGGCCUGCCCGAAGGACAGCUUUCCCCUACCCCGCAUUGACCAGCUAGUCGAUGCCACAGCGGGCCACGCCCUCCUCAGCUUCAUGGAUGCUUAUUCAGGUUACAACCAGAUCUUCAUGCAUCCCGAAGACCAGGCCCACACCUCUUUCAUCACGGACCGAGGCCUCUACUGCUAUAAGGUGAUGCCCUUUGGCCUCAAGAACGCCGGGGCUACAUACCAGCGUCUGGUGAACCACCUUUUCGCCCCAUUGAUUGGCAAUACCAUGGAGGUUUAUGUCGACGACAUGCUAGUCAAGAGUCGCACAGCUGACCAGCACAUCCCCAACCUCUCUGCCAUGUUCACCAUCCUGAAGCAGUACAAGAUGAGGCUGAACCCCACCAAAUGUGCAUUCGGGGUGGCUUCAGGCAAAUUUCUUGGCUUCAUGAUCAGCCAAAGGGGUAUUGAGGCCAACCCAGAAAAGAUCCAGGCCAUCUUAGAUAUGACAAUACCUAAGACGGUCAAGGAUAUCCAAAGCCUUACAGGGCGUGUUGCUGCCCUGACCAGAUUUAUCUCCAAGGCCACUGACCGCUGCGCCCCAUUCUUCAAGGCCCUCAAGGGCACUAAGCGAAACAUCACUUGGACUGCCGAGUGUGAAACGGCUUUCAGCGAGCUCAAGGAGUAUAUGGGCCGAGCUCCUUUGUUGUCAACCCCUGAGCACGGAGACAUCCUCGUGGUUUAUCUCUCCGUCUCAGCUUCAGCUGUUAGCUCCGUGCUCAUUCGAUCGAAGGACAACGCCGAGCACCCAGUGCAUUAUGUCAGCAAGGCAUUGCAAGAUGCCGAAGUUCGAUACCCAGACAUCGAAAAAUUGGCGUUCGCCCUGGUCGUCUCGGCUAGACGCCUCCGACCAUAUUUCCAAGCUCACACCAUCCAUGUCUUAACCAACCAACCGCUCCGACAGGUGUUGCAGAAGCCAGAAACCUCUGGGAGACUGGUUAAAUGGGCUAUUGAACUUGGCGAGUUUGAUAUUCAUUACAAACCCCGCCCGGCUAUGAGGGGGCAGGCCGUUGCUGACUUCUUAUCUGAAUUCACUGAGCCCCAAGCUUCUGCAGCUACCCAGCUCAUAACCGAACCCAAUCCCUCUCCGAGCCAGGACCAAACCCCCACCAAAAACACUCUCGACCUAACCCAGCCCCUGUGGACCUUAUUCGUGGAUGGCUCUUCUAAUGCCCAGGGGUGUGGGGCCGGCCUCGUUCUCGUCUCCCCAGACAAGGUUGCCCUCGAGUACGCCCUCCGCUUCAAAUUCCAAGCCUCCAACAAUGAGGCCGAAUAUGAAGCACUCUUAGCUGGUCUUCGCCUAGCCAAAGAGAUGGACGCCAGGCAAAUUCAGAUCUUCAGCGAUUCACAACUCGUGGUCCACCAGGUUAACCAAGACUUCACGGCUAAGGAUGCCUCUAUGACGGCUUACCUCCAGCACGCUCGGCACUUGCCGGCAACCUUCCACGCCCACACUAUCAGGCAAGUGCCGCGCUCAGAGAAUAGCCAUGCCGAUGCACUAGCCAGGUUGGCUCAGCCUUGGAGCAAGGAAUGGGUCGCCACAUCCACAUCGAGUUUUUGGCCCAGCCCAGCACACAAGCCCCACUCAUCUGCACUAUUGAUCACAGCCCUACAUGGAUGGACCCCAUCCUCCAGUUCUUGCAGAACCAAACACUACCGGCUAACCCAGCCGAGGCACGACGCGUUCGCCAUCGCUCUGCCCGUUACCUGGUCAUUAACGGCUCCUUAUAUAAGCGGGGCUUCAGCCUUCCUUACCUUCGAUGCCUGA